AUGGAUCGGUGGUUAUGUGAAUAUCACUGGGGAAAAAUACCAAACGAUGUUAUUUGCACCGCUGAAAUUAAUACCCAGAAUGUUUGCAGGGACCAAAUAUUUCAGGGUGACAGUGGUGGUGGCCUAAUGACACAACUGGACGAUGGUCGUUGGGUGCUUCUUGGUGUUGUUUCAUAUGGCAGCAAGUGCUCGAUGCUGCUCAGCAGAAAUGCUGUUGCUAAAGCGCAGACUUACACGAAUGUCGCAUUUUAUGGAACCGAUAUUGCUCGCUUCACCGGUUUCUUCAUAUCGCCAAUGCACUUUUAA